AUGCGCGUCGCGGACUGCAUGUCACCAGUGGUUCGCGGCAGCACGUAUGCGGCGCAAGUCGGACCUGGGACGAAGGAGUUUGAUCAGACCGCCAGUCAAGCAAAGGCAAAGCCGAAGGACGUCCGAAAGCGCCAGAAGCCGGCGGCCGAUCGCUCAGCGCCGCCGCCCGUGGACGGGCGCAAGCACAUCGAGCUGCAGACGGAGCAAUACCUUGAGGAGCUGACCGACCGGCCUCCAGAGGCCGAGGCAGAGGUUCAGACAGAUGCAUUUGUAGAGUUGCUCCCGCAGCCGCUCUUUAUUCCGGUCAAAAGUGGGGUCGAUGCGGGCACGCAGGUUGAAGACGGUGAGCUCUUUGACUUUGACGUUGAGCCGCUGCUGGAGGUGAUCGUCGGCAAGACGAUUGAACAGGCGAUGAUGGAGGUGAUGGAGGAGGAGGAGCUUGCGAGCAUGCGAGCGCACCAGAAGCACUUUGAGCAGAUCCGCAACGCAGAGCUCGCAGAAGCCCAGGAGGCUGAGCGUCGGCGGCAAGAGGAGAAGGAGGCGCGGAUCGCGCAGGAAAAGCAGCGGCUGGAGCGUGAGAAGGCUGUGUCGGCCAAGUCGGCAGUCACGCAGAGUCUCACGGAGUCGGGCUUCUUCUACGACCCGCUUGAGGCGGAGGUGAGGGAGCAGUUUGUGCCAUGGCUGCUCGACGCGAUGGAUGACUGUGCGCGAGUGGCGCGCGCCAUUGCCGACGACCUCAUUACGGCGGCCAGCAGCCGCGAGCUGGAACGGUCGGCCGAGGUGGCGAGGCUGGGCGUCUAG